CUGAAACUGAUAAAAAAUUAGGAUCGGACAAAAUUACGGUUUACAAAGAAAAGUGCUCUCGUUCGACGUAACUGAACUGUCAUGUUUGAGGUAUUAAUAGUAAUAUAAUUUAGAUUUUGUUUUUAAAUUUAAAAACAACAACAACCAAAGCUCUUAGCCUAACUUUACUUCUAGAUUUAUUAUCUUUUUAAUUUUAAUCCCACUCUGCAGUCUGAUUGACUGAUUCAUUGGCAUUCAUUGGUCAUUGGUCUUGGUCAUUGAGAUUGAUUGAAAUGAUUGAGUUGACAGUUGAUUCUGAAUACUCUGCUGAGUCUGAGUCAAAUGAGUCUGUCUCCUGAGUGACUGUACUGUGCUGAUUGAUACUGAUAAUUAAUAAUAAUACUAAUACAUGUAUUAAUAAUUAAUAUUAAAUUAUAAUAAUUUUAUUAUUAAAUAUUAAUCAAUGAUAAGUAGGGGUGUGCCGGAAUCCGGUUCCGCCGGAUUUUGCACUAUCCGGUGAAAUCCGGUUCCGCCGGAUUUACAUGUAUCAGGAACAUCCGGAAUAUACCAGAUUUCGGAAUUUGCCAGAUUUUGUGACUCACCGGAUCAUAAUCUGAAAUAAAAGUAAUUCUCUUUCCCGAAUUCCACACGAUCACGAUACAUUAAUCGAUUGUUUCGAGCGUUGAGCUUGUUUAAUGUUUAAUAUUCCGAACAUACCAGAGGCUAGAGUCAGCACCGCUAAUAGUGGCCAAUAGUGUAGGGACUUUGAUAAGAAAAUUUAAACUUUUUGUAAAAAUAAACCAAUGGCAUAGUUGAAAAGAUGUAAUUUUUUAAAGAAUUAUAACACCAAAAUCAUAUUUUUAGCUGUUGUAGUUUUAAAGUUAUGAAUUUUUAAAGUACGACUUGGUUUGUCAUUUUUUAACAUGGACUGCAUCUCCACAUUCUGUGAUCUCAUUCCACCAAUCCCGUCAUGCGCAAUGACUAUAUAGUUUAUAUAAGGCAACGCAUUCCCUGCCUUAUCACUAAAAUACUGUUUAGACUUAGUUUAAACUUUCAACUUUGGCACAUGAAUAAUUAAUUAAAGCUUUCCCUGACCAAUGGUUUAAUAGUUUUUGCACACGGCAAACUCUUAUGAAUGAAACUCUGAGGUAGUACUACGAUACAGUUAUGCAAGUGGCUGUGAAUGGUUGCCAAUGACAACGUGUUGCACACGGUAAAUUCUGAUCAUUUAUAAUAUGGAUUCUACCGGGUUGUUAAAGCUCAAAUUAAAACAUUCCAGUUUAAAUGUCUUUAAAUGCAUUCUGAAACACAAGUUAUCAAUUAUUUUGAUGUAAAUAGUGAUAAUAAAUUAAUAUUUCCUAAGUAUCGUCAACUUCCGCCAUUAAAAAGGGGGGCGUGGCCAACCCCAUGGCGAAAUUAGGUUGAGCGAGCUGCAUGACCUGCUGCGAACGCGUAGAAACAUGGCGUCUCUCGUAAGACACUUAUCGCUGUGAAAAUUGGCAUACAUGUAGAUCAAUAGAUUCCCCAGAUGCAAAAAAAAUUUGGUAGUGACAAAUUUUUUCCUUCGACUUAAUUUUAAUGAUGAAAGUUGCCUUAUAUUUACCAAGGAUUUUCUCAAAGCUGACUGAUUGUAAAUGAAAAAGUAAUUGAUUAAAAUGUAGGCCAAGAUGUCUACCUAAUUAUAAGGCCGAAAACGGAACUCAAAUAUAUAUCGAAAGUACUAAUUUAAUAAUAAAUAGACACACACAUCGGAAAAUUAAAAACUCAGAUUUUUUGGCGCCGAUUGCGAAUUCCCAUACACAAAAAGUAGUAGUCUACCUUGACUUACCGAAGUAUCUACCAAUAGUACCAAAAUCCGGAAUCCGGGAGAAACCGGAAUCCGGAUUAUUCCUGAAUCCGGAUCCGGAGGAUUUCGCAUAAGAAAAUCCGGAUCCGGUUGGAAAAAACAGAUCCAGCACACCCCUAAUGAUAAGGGCCGGCAAUCCUCCAACAAAUAGCAAAUAAUCCAUACCUUGGAAUUCUUUUCUCAAAUAACCUAAAAUGGUCACCCCAUAUAUUAUAAACAAAAUUUCAAAAAAGCCAACUCCACCCUACGUUUCAUCCGCUGAAAUCUGCGCCACUUCCUGCAAACGAAAUGCCAAUCCCGCACUCGUCUGUCCACUACUAGAAUAUGGUGCGAUCAUCUGGGACCCACACCUUAAGCAAGACGUGGACAAGAUAGAGCGAAUUCAAUGUAACGCUGUGCGUUUUAUCACUCGAGACUACAAAUCCACCACUUCUGGCUUCGUCACUGGCCUCUUAAAAAGAUUUGACAAUAAAAAAAUUUCACCCCCCCCCCCCCCCCCCUUAAAGACAGACGAGAGAGACUCCGCCUGAUAUUCUUAUAUAAAGUGGUCAUGGGACUGGUGUCGGCCAUCCCAGCAGACACGUACCUCACCCCACAGAAGCCGGGUAGACUGAUCAGAACAAAACACUUACUGAACACUGACUUCACCACUGACAAUCUCAUAAACAAUUACACCUGAAACAGCAGCAAAUGCUUCAAAGUGCCUCAGGGCAACACAGUGCAGUCUAAACAAUCUUUCUUCCCACGCACAAUAAUACCAUGGAACCUCCUGGACGAUGCCACUGUGAACUCGACAUCGGUCGAAAGCUUCAAGGCUGCCCUGGCAUCUGCUAGGAGCUGUUUGACUAGCAACAUCAUACCCCCAACCUUUGCAAGGAUGCCAGUACAUGGAUGCAGCAACGAACACUUCCAGAACCAGAACCGGCGCUAGGGGAUUGCGAAGUGGGUGACCACCCAAAGCCCCGCAUUUUCGAGGACCGCGCUAUGCCGUACUGUCUAUUAUUAUAUUAUUAUAAUAUACCUACCUAAGCCUACUUUUAGUUACUAAUAGUUAGUAUAGUUCCUAAUCCAGUCAAAACAAUAUUCAGAGUUAUUAGAUAGUCAAAUGGUCUGAAGGUCAGUCUGGCUCCUAUACUAUCCCUUCGAGAUGAAAAAUGACGACCAUUUCCAUAUAAAAUUUUUCUCCUAUAUUUUGUAGUCAGAAUAUAACGUGUCUUAAUAUCCUAUCGGUGGAAUAUAUAACGUCAACGGCCCCACAAAAUUCAAUUUUCCCAAGGCCUCGCACCCUCCUAGCGCCAGCCCUACCAUGAUUAAAUUUUUAAAAAAGAUUGAAAUAGUAAAUUGUUCAGACUCAGAUAGUUGGUAUUUAACGGUUUCCUUAUAAAAAUUAUUAAAAUAUUACAGUGGUGAGUUGUCUAUAGCAAACUUUACAUUUUAAAAAAAGGAAACCAGAAACAAUAAACUUUUCUAGCUAAUAAAUUCUAGACCAGGGGUGGCCAACCUAUUCAGCAGGCGGGCCAAAUUUCAGAAAUAAUAUUUCCUUCCGGGCCACACACCUAAUUUUUUUGUUAAUUGACGUAAACAAGCAAGUGUGCUACAGCUUUGACCACCUCCUGGCUUCUUAGUACGUGUGAUUGGGGUCAAAUGCUUGCCUGGUUUAAUGUAAAAAAAACAAGUAAUAGGUAUAAUUAUUUUUUUGAAGAAAAUAAAAUAUAACUGAAACAUAUUUAUUAGACUUUUAAAAAAAUACUUAAAAGUGAGACAUCUGACUUUGUUUUGCAGAACUAAGUGCAUCAAAAUUGAUCUCGACUGAUGUUGUCAUUACAGGCAAAAAGUUUUCCAAAUGAACAUCAGUAAUUCGUGUUCUCACUUGUGUGAUUUGAUGUGCUUCAUUUCAUACGACUAAAAAUCUGUUCACACACAUAAGUGUGAAACCAAAUAGCAAAACCAUUGAAGGAGCAUGUUUGUAAAACACAGGAUAUUUAUCCUUGUCCAAAUACGUUUUAAAGAAUUCUUCCAAACCAACUUGAUGGAAUUUCUCCUUGAACUGUGUAUAACAACACAUUUGUAAUCUUCUUGGUAAUAAAAUCACGUCUACUGCAAAUGGCAUUGCAAAUUCACAAAAAGCACAUGAUUUUGUUAAAAAUCCUGUAAUCUUUUUUCAAAUUUGAGGUUAAAGUAGGAUAUCAAACAAGCGUAUUUAUCCGCCACCUCCUGUGUGACGUCUAAUUGCAAUGACAACGUAGGAAAGUGAGUAAAGUUUGUUGUCCUCAACUUUUGUUCCCAAAGACCCAGUUUCAUUUGAAGUGCAGAAAUACAUCUUAUUAAUCAAUUGAUCUUUCCCUGGUAGACGAGUAUUGACGUCAUUUAGGUGGCUAGUUAUAUCGACUAGAAAUGCGAAGUCCCAAACCCACUCUUUUUCUUCAAAUGCGGGGACACUUAUUGACUUGCUUGCAAAGAAUGAUUGUAUUUCUUGCUGCAAAUCAAACACUCUUUUCAACAUUUAGCAUGAAUCAGCCAUCUUACUUCUUCAAAAAUUGUAACGUCACUCUAAAGACUUUAGAAGUUCUUGGAACUGACGGUGAUUCAACCUGUUUGACUUAAUGAAGAUCAUUAUUUUGACAACCACUGACAUGGUCCAUUUUGAGGGACUACGAACAUAAAUUCUCCUGAUGAAUAAUGCAAUGAAAAUUUAGCAUUGAAGUAUUGCCGACUUUGGAGGCCUCAAUUUCAAUAAAUUUGACUAAACCUUUGUCUUUCCCAACAAAUGCUUGAGCAUCUUCCGUUGUUAAGCCUUAAAGUUGUUGCUUUGUAACGAAAAGUGAUUCAAUGUCGAUGUAACUGUCUCUGACAAAUCUCAUGACUUAGUAGUGUCCUUAAGUAGAUACAGUGCCGCUAAUUCUUCUGUCUUUUUAAAAUGGACAUCAACACCCCUGAUAAAAAUGGCCAGCUGGGCAGUGUUUGCCAUAUCUGUGCUUUCAUCCAAUGUUACAGCAUAAAAUAUAAAUGCGGAUGCUGGACUUUUCAAAUUUUCUUCAAUAUGUUUUCAAAUGUCGUCCACUAAUUUAAUUUUCCCAAAAAUGUAGAAUAAUUAAAAUAGCUCAAAACAGAUAAAUUUUUUACAAAAUGCGAGAUAUUUCAAUUUCUAAUAGCAAAAAUGUAAAAAAAUAUAUGAUAUGAACGCCUCAUGAUGUAAUGUUCUUUCGGUGAUAUGUACAUUAAAGUUAACAUUUAUGUUCAUUUGACCUAGCUCUGCGGGCCGCAACAUGACACUUGGCGGGUUGCAUGCGGCCCGCUGGCCUCUUAUUGGCCACCCCUGUUCUAGACUUUAGUACUUUUUGAGCUAUUAAUUUUUAAGUUUGACUCCAGUUUCAAUGAGACUGAGUGCACAGUACUCCUAGUAUCUAGCUCUACUAUCUCUACUCAGUGAUUGAGUGGCAGUACUCUUAUACAGAAAUUUAUAGGCCUAGGCUGUCUUAGUCUUAAAUACCCUAUAACUCUGACUGGAGUAUUUUUCUGUAGGGCUAAAUUAUUAGGCCAAAUAAUCAGUCAUAACUGUCGGGUGGCUUUUGGAGGCCCUCUGCCACUUUUCAGUUUUGGCCCCCUUCAUUUAAAAAUAAUAAUUUAUUUUGCAUUAGUAGUUUAUGUAACUUAACAUUUUAAAUUUAUAGCAAUAAAAUUAAAGGUUACCACAUUUCAAAAUAUUUACUGGUAAUGGUUCACUCAAAGAUGAAUUCUGGGCUCUUUGCGGCUGGCCAAAGAUAAACCAUAAAGUCUGCCCUGUUCCAUGGUUGAGUCUUAAUGGGAUUUGAUGACCUUCAUUUAAGAGACCAAAUUAUUCCUUUAGUGAAGAAUACUAAUAUAUUAUUAAGGUCAAAACAGCACAUCUGUCCUGGAAACUGUAUUUUCUAAUUUAUCAAUCUGUUAAAUGAUAAAGCACUUUGAAUCCAAUCAAUUACACUAAUGGCAGCUCAUCUUCAGUCACUGAGUGAUGACUAUUACGAUUAGUUAAAACCUAGGGAUGGCAUAAUAAUCAGUCAUUGAAAUUGACAUGUAAACUUUUAAACAGAUUAUUGAGUGGAGCCUAAACUGUACUUACAUUUUUAUUAAUAAAAUGCAGCAUUUAAAAAUAAUCUAAGAAAUUCUGCUUGUGGUGAGUUUUUCAUUUUUUUACUUUUAUUAUUUCAUUUUGACGAAUGUUCUUUUUUUAUUCAGGAAGUUUUUUCAGUUAACUGAUUUAUUUUUUGUUGUAUACUUUCCCAGCUUUAACAUACCUCAAAUGAUGUAUUCUUUAUCCAUACUACAUCGACCUAAAAAACCAACAGUUACUCAUUUGCUGACCUUUGAUAUCAACCACCUUAGUUUUGGUGUCUUGUUUUCCUUCACUUUUUCUCCCCGUAUUUCUUUCAACAUGGUCUGAAUUAAAGUAAUUGGUAUUUAGAAUUUAACACAUUUUUUUUCAUUUUCAAUGUUUGAUAAAAGUAAAAAUAAAAAUUGUGCCCCUUCUUUUUUUUUUUUAACCACCACCACUUGCUUAACUUUGGGCCCCUUAACCAACUGUUUGGCCCCCUGAAGCUGAGGUGUUCCGCAGCGGCUCUGCAAAUUAUAAGACUUAAUCCGUAAUGAUUGAUGUCAGGGAGACACGAUAAUGCCAACAUAAUUCUAGGCCUUGGGUAUAAUUAGACAACUCAACAUUUCUCAUCUACUUCUACCAUUAGAAUUUCUAAUUUAACUACAAAUCAUCAUUAAUCUUAUUUAAAUAAAAAAAUAAGAUUUUGCUAUCUUUAGAUUCUUUGAUUUAAUCAGCAGAAAAAAAACACAUUGAAAAGCAUGACACAGAGCAACAGUGAAAUGUUCUCUAUAUCAUGCAUGUUCUUCUUUAAGAGUCUAGGUCAGUGGUUAACAGGUGUGUCAUAAGAUACAUAUAUAAACAAAAAUAAAUAUUGAAGUACACAAUUAUAUACAGUGUGGUCAUUGUUACCUAAAAAUUAUAUGUAAAUGGUAUGAUCCCUAUAAACUUAUGUAAUAAUUAUUUUCUUGCAGACUGCUUCUUACUAGAACAGUCUAUAUUUUUUAAAGCUUAAACGGUGUAUCACAGAUCUUGAAAAAUUAGUUAAGUGUUAAGUUAAAAAAAUUGUUGAGAACUGCUGGUCUAAGUUAACAGUUACUUUCAGAUACCAUUGUCCUUGCCAUUCUCAUACAUUGACAUUGGAAGUUUUUUUUAUGUACCUUACUAGACUGAAAAUAUAAAUCAAACUAAUAUGAAAAAUAUUCAGUAGCCAUAGUGGUAGGAUGCCCUGUAUUAGUCCACCUGUUGUAAAUUUUGUAUGGAACUUUUCUUCUGUUAAAUACAAAAUUUUAACAAUUAUUUAUUAAUGUUUUUUCUUUAUAGGACGUUAGAACUAGAAGUGUACAAGCCACUCAGGCAGCAGAAGAAUUUUCUAAGUUAUAUUUUGAGACAUUCGAUAAAAGAAGACAGGUAUAUUGAAGUUAUUUUAGUCUCUGCAAUACUGGUUUAACUCCCAUUAAGUUUUAUUAUAAAACAUGUAAUCAAUGGGAGUAGUUUUUUUAUCAAUAGUACCGGUACCCAGGUAUUAAAUGGUUCAAGUUAAACUGGAGUAUUUAUUAUCCUUAUUAUUUUGUAAAAUAAUGCCAAAUAAUAUGAUGAAUUUAUAGCAUAAUUUAUAAUUAUAAUCUUUUUUCUAAGUAAACAGUCAUUUAUUGAUUAAGCAUUGCAUUUUUCUUCAUGACCUGCAGGCAAUCUGUAAGAUAUAUCAAGAUAAGGCUACUGUAGUAUGGAAUGGCAAUGCUGUGUCAGGAACAGAGGAGAUCACGAAAUUUUUUGAUAGUUUACCACAAUCUGAGUUUGUGACAGAAGGAAUGGACACACAACCUAUUGGUGCUGGUUAGUCCAUUUCUCAUAACCCUCGUGGACUGUGUGAUUUUGAUCCAACAUAUCCCCUUGAACUGAUUUGACUAUACGCACACAUCUAUUUCGCAAACACCUGCUGGGGUGAUGUUGUCUACCAUCUUUUCCAGCUAGCUAUUAUUUCCUAGAUGUAUAUUGGCUUGUGUUGUUUAUGGUUGCAAGGGGUUGAAAGACUUUGAAGGGGUAUGCUCAUUUGUAGCUUUUGUAGUGUUGCGUUUUGAGUUUCAAUGUGGUAAAAUAUAGAUUGUUUCAUUUCUCUUUUAAUAUGGUUGACUUUGUACUGGGCUUGGAGCCUUGGGGAUGAAGCAGGAUUUUUUAAAAAUAAACUUUAUUAUUAUUGUAUAUGGGACAAGAAAACUGAAAAAGGCAAAAUAUCACUGUGGAUUAGUUUAAAAAAUAUAAGUAUUGGGUCAUUGAUCAAGAGUUUGAAAAAAUAAGUUAUCAUUAAUCAUGUCAUUAAAAAACUUAAGGAUAGUGGAUAUCGCUAAACUAAAAAGUUGAAUCUUAAAGUGGUACUUGGUAGAGAUAUAUUAAUAAAUUUUUACUCAAUUGUGUUAGACAUUAAGGCAAUUAUUUAAAAAUGUUACAGCAUGCUUGUAAUUAAUUAAAAUAAAAAGGGAUGGAAAUCAUUUUAAAAUAAAUUAUUUCCCUUGCUUACCAAACCCUUUUUUAAAACAUGUUUAUAAUUUAUAUAAAUACUAAUUAUAAUGCUUUGAUAUAUAAGUUUCUUUGAUCUUAUAUCUCGUCACUUCCAUUUCACAGGUAUUCAGAAUGAAGGAAGCAAUGCUAUAAUGGUGACCUUCUAUGGGAAGGUGAAAUUUGCAGGCUCUAAUUUCAAGACGUUUACACAAACAUUUAUCUUAUCAGCACAUGAUAACAAGUGGAAAAUUGUUAGUGAUAAUUUUAGGUUUACAGAAUAAAUUAAUUUCAUUGAUUCUACUUUUCCGUAUUAUUUUAAUAAGACAGUAUAUCCUCAUAAACCUUAGUGUGAAUGAAUUCUUAACGCCUUAAGUCAGAGGUUCCCAAACUGUAGGCUGCAGUGCCCUGUAGAGUCAAGGCUGCCUCACAGGUGCAGUGAAGUGUAUGAUGUAAAGUGGCAUGACAUUUAGUGGACUGGAUGCAGUAACCCCUCAAAAUAAAUGUUUGCAGAAGCUUUUUCAAUAAGUUACUAGAUGGCGCUCCAUUAUAAUUACGUUUUU